GAAAGUGAUCAAAGAAUAACACCAUCCAUCAACCAUGAUUAAAGGUUAUUUAUUUAUCAUUAUUAUCUUUGCAUUGAUGAUUCGAUUUGAUGAUCGAAUACCAUUUCUUGAAACCGAAUGGUUUCAAUCAUAUUGGACUAUUUCGAUACCAAUUGCCUUUAUUUACGUUUUUUUGAUUGUUUGGCUGCCGAACAGAAUACAAAAACCCAUGAAAUGUACCAAAUAUCUACAGUUAUGGAAUUUUACAUUAACAAUUUUUUCCAUAUCGGCCACCUAUCGUUUGGGUUGGAAUUUUUUCGAUAAAAUUUAUCAACAUGGAUUUCGAGCUACUUAUUGUGAUCGUGAUUAUCAUCAUGAUCGUCGAGUUUAUUAUUGGUAUUUUUUGUUUGUAAGCUCAAAAGUAUUCGAAAUGGGUGAUACAAUGUUUUUAUUGGCCAGCCAAAAACAUGUAAGAUUUAUACAUUGGUUUCAUCAUGUAUUAACAAUGAUUUAUUCAUGGUAUAUUGCUGUUUAUCUGCCGGCAAUUGGACGAUGGAUGAGCACAAUGAAUGUAACCAUUCAUUCAUUAAUGUAUGGUUAUUAUUUCAUACGAAGUUGUCGAAUACGUCUGCCUAGUUUUAUUGCCAUCACUGUAACCAUUUUACAAACAUCACAAAUGUUUAUCGGUUUAAUUAUCAAUUUAUUAGCAUUAUAUGAAAAAUUGAUUCGAUCAGAUGACCAUUGUUCAAAUGGUGGUUAUACUAUUGAAUCAGGUCUUAUCAUGUAUAUUAUCUAUGUUUUUCUAUUUAUACGUUUAUUUCGAAAA